GAAAGGAAAUGAAGAGCCGUUGUUUUGCACUUAGUCUGCACUAAGUUAAAAGCUAAACCAGGAAGGAAGUUACCACCACUAUGCUAGACGGGAGUGCUUCAGUGACAUGUGCUUGCUCUUGAGAAAACCAGAACUCUUCAGAUUAGUACUAGGAAUAAUUACUAUGUUUAUUUUAAGUUUACCUGAAUUUUUCAAAAUCCAUGAAGCUAACACUGUAAUUGUGUCAUGCGUAGAUACCUGUUCAUCAAAUAACACCACUUUUCCACUUUGUACUUUUAACAAUUCUUGCAAAAGAUCACUGCAACCAAGAAGAGAAAACCAGACUAUUUUACUGAAGGCCAUUGUAAAUUAUUCCAAUUUCCAAAAUAUUCCAUGUAUUUGCCAGUCCUCCAGGAAAGAACAACAAUCUCAUACUAAACACACAGAGUGUCAAUCCAAGAGAGAUGUAGAUGUUGAUCAUCAAGGAUCAGGGUCAGUACCUAAAGAAGUUCCAAAAGCAAAAGACUCACUGGAAGUGAAAGCAGAUGUUAUUUAUUUUUAUAAAUAUUUUAAUUUCACUACGAUUUCCAAGAAAGAAGAAGUGGAGCAUAAUACUUACUAUCUGCUGGAAAUCCACAUCAACAAUUCUAUAGUCAGCAGAAGAAAUGCACCCGAAGAAUACCUAAAUCAUUCCUGUCUAGUCGCAAUGAUGGAUGACCAGAAUGACUGUAUGAAUAUUUCACUGCAACUGAAGUCUUACGUGGAAUAUCCAAUGUGUAUGACGAAGAUCAUUUGGCUCACUAUGAUUCCAGUAGUUUUUGUGUUUACUAUUUCAAUUGUCAUCUACAAAAUAAUCCAAGAAAAGGAACAAAACUAUCGUAAACACAGAGUAGCAGCAGUUUUGACUAUUCUAAGGAGUUCCAGACAUGCAAGAAGAACCAUAUCUGCUACUAAAAUUCAUCCUUUUCCUGUGAAAACCAGCAAAGAACAGAUUCCACUUACUGUACAGACCACAAAGAUACUGCCCAUAAUUCCUGAACAAGAGCAUUGUCAUGUAGGUGCAUCAACUGUAGAAGAAUAUUGUGCCCUGGACUUCAAAAUUAUGCUGGCUUUUGUUUCUGACAAGGGCAGUGGAAAGAAGCAAUUUGCAAAUGAUGUCUAA